AUGUUUUUCAACAUCAAAACUGGGAAGACUGCCAGAAAAUGGGCAAGACGGUACAUGAAGAAGAUUGCGCUGCUUUUGCCAGAAAUGGUGGGUACACUGGCCGACAAUGAUGAGGGACUUAUUUUCUUUCUGUCUCUGGAUGGUACGCAUUGUCCAAUCGAAGAACCACGACCUUGGUCCAAAAAGUGGAGCAGCCACAAGUUUGGCGGAAAGCCCGGUGUGAACUAUGAAUUCGGUCUGUUGUUGCAUAAAGCAAAGCUUGGUUGGAUCCAUGGGCCAACACCCCCAGGAGAGAAGAAUGAUUUGGUGGUAUUCCGUAGCAAGUUGAUGCACGAAAUGCCAGCUGAUCGACGCUUGAUUGCUGAAUCUGGGUACACCGCAGAGCCCGAUUACUUCACCACAAAGAAUGAGCUUGACCCAAAGAAGCUCUCCAAAUUCAAAGAUAGAGUCCUUUCUCGGCACGAGAAUUUCAAUCAACGAGUGAAGUGUUUCGCAAUCACCAGGACGAAGUUUCGUCACCGGGGUUUUGGGGAGAAUUGGGAAGAAGCUCAUGAGACUGCGAUGCAUGCUGUCUGUGUGAUUGUGCAACUGCACAUGGACAAUGGCACACAGAGACUGCUUGAUCCUUAUAGUGUAUAG